CAAGUGACAAAUAUUUGUCAGAAUCUAGAACUAUAUUUUUGGUCUAUAAGAAUUUAGUAGGUACAACAAAUGUUCAGUAUUUUAUCAACGUAUGUUCGCGUAAUAUUGUUUUAAAAUGUCGGAACUUAAAGCUAUUUUUAUUUUAUUCACCACAUUUAUUAUUCAUUUUGCAGUGCCAACCGUUAACGCGGGAUCUGAUUUCGAUUUGCUCAUUUUCACACAACAAUGGCCUGCAACAGCUUGCAAAGAAUGGAAGAAGCAUAAUCCUUCCCACACAUGCUCAAUGCCAAAAAAUUCCGAGACCUGGACUAUACACGGCAUUUGGCCCACAAAAAUGGGAAUGAUCGGACCAGCCUUCUGUAAUAGGACGUGGUUUUUCGAUCCCGAAAAGAUAAGGCCUAUUGAAGAAGAGUUAUUACAAAAAUGGCCAAACAUUUAUGGAGGUACUUCAGAAUAUGCUCUCUGGUCUCAUGAAUGGGCCAAACAUGGCACCUGUGCUGCCAUCCUCAAACCUCUCAAUUCUGAACUAAAUUAUUUUCAAAAUGGCCUAGAAUUCCUCAAAACAUUCACAAUGACCGACAUACUUGAAAAAAAUAGUAUUGUGCCAUCAAAUACUGAAAAAUACACAGUUGCUGAUAUACACGACGCAAUCAAACAGAGAGUAAAUAAAAAUCCCGUAAUAGAGUGCAAGGUAGAGGAAGGAGGGGACAACUAUAUAUCUGAGAUCAGGAUUUGCUUCACAAAAGAGCUCCAACUGACAGACUGCGAUGGAGUCGUAACUCAGAAAUAUGGAUAUGGAGGUAUACUUACAAAUUGUCAUUCUACAAGGGGUAUAAUUUACCCACAGUAUAAGAAAUAUAUAUGGUAUGUGGAAUUGUACAAGCUGUUAACUUGGUUACAAUGGUUCACUUUGUAGGGGCAUUAAGUAUCUAGUCUAAUUGAUAAAAAUACAGAGAACUCGUAAGAGGAAAUGUACAUUAAAGACAUAAAAUGGAAAAAACAGGAGUUUGUUCUAUGAGCAGACAUAAAAGAUUGUAGAUAUACAAAAUUAUGGAAAUGACUUAAAAACAUGGCUUAUCUCGUUCAAAUAAACUGUGUCCAUUCCUCUGACGUUGGUUUCUUGUAUUCACUUUUCCUGCCAUUUUCCUCCCAGUUUUAUAUAUAUUUUUGACUUGUGUAGCAAUAAUUUAAUAUUUCAAACAUUAAAGACUGUACAAUUCACUAUUUUUCAUAGAUGUAUUAAUAUUUAAAUUAAAUAGUUGUUACAAUAAACAAACUAAAAUGACA